CCAGUAUACAGUGUGCUUUCAAGUACUACUCUGAAAACAGUGGUGUGUGCUUCGCUUGAUGAUACAGAACCCUGUGCCAAGUGCAGGUGGUGCCCCCUCAGUUAUCAGGGAAACUUUGUGCUUGUGCUGCCCACUGACACUGGUCUGCCUGCUCUUUCUCCUCCAGUUGCCAGCACCUUUAGCUGCACCUUGAAGUUUACUGUCCGGGACUAUGACCCUGACUCGGGAGUUCCAAAUGAGGAGGGCUAUGAGGAUGAGUAUGUGCUGGAAGAUCUGGAAGUGACUGUGUCUGACCACAUUCAGAAAGUUAUGAAGCCCAACUUUGCUGCUGCCUGGGAAGAAGUAGGAGAUACUUUUGAGAAACAGGAGACCUUUGCCCUCAGUUCUACCAAAACUCUUCAAGAAGCUGUCAACAACAUCAUUACAUUCCUGGGCAUGCAGCCAUGUGAAAGGUCAGAGAAAGUUCCCGAGAAUAAGAAUUCCCAUUCUCUCUUCCUGGCAGGUGUAUACAGAGGUGGCUAUGAUUUAUUGGUGAGGGCCAAGCUGGCCUUAGCGGAUGGAGUGACCAUGCAAGUGACUGUCAGAAGCAAAGAGGAAACACCUGUGGAUGUCAUCUUGGCUUCUGUUGGAUAAGUGCUUACUGGGCAAGACAAAGUUGAUGUACUUCACUGUCGGUGGGCUUUAGGCUAAUGGCAUGAAUUUCCCAGAAUCCCGCUUCUAAAGAUUAAUGAUUCUGGAGAAGCUAAUUAAAUGUUUGGCCCUGAGCCAGCAGAUCAAGCAAA